AAGAAGAAGAAGAAGUGAGCAGAGAGGAGGCAGCAGGAGAGGAGCGAAAACAGUCUCUGCUUCAUGCUUCGUCCGGGCCACUUCUCCUCCUCCUCCUCCUCCUCCUCUUCCUCCUCCUGCUCCUGCUCCUGUCGACAACACUCUGACAGCAUUAAUAUUUUUAAUUAGUGUCAUUUGAGCAUAAAAAGAGGGAGAGAGUGAGAGUGAGAGUGAGAGAGUGAAGGGGCCCGAGUCAUGGAGCUUCUGUGCCUGGAGUCGGACAUAACCGUGAAAGCUCAGCCUGACCCGAAAAUCCUCUUUGAUGACAGAGUGUUGGACAUUCUAUUAACCACCGAGGACAGGUUUUUACCCCCGUGCUCUUAUUUCCAGCGGGUCCAGAAGGAUGUUCGGCCGUUUAUGAGACGAAUGGUCGCUACCUGGAUGCACGAGGUUUGUGAAGAGGAGAAGAGCAAUGAAGACGUCUUCCCAUUAGCCAUUAAUUAUUUGGAUAGAUUUUUAGCAGUGAUGCCCACGAGAAAGAGUUUUUUGCAGCUUCUGGGAGCUGUGUGCAUAUUCCUGGCCUCCAAGUUAAAAGACGGCAGGCCGCUGUCUGCAGAAAAACUCUGCAUGUACACGGACAACUCCAUCACACCACGGGAACUGCUGGACUGGGAACUGGUGGUGUUGGGGAAAUUGAAGUGGAACAUGGCCUCAGUCAUUCCCAAUGAUUUCAUAGAUCACAUCAUUCGCAGGCUCCCCCUUCCCAAAGACAGACUGGCGAUGGUUCGCAAACACACCCUCACAUUCAUCGCCCUCUGUGCCACAGAUGACCGCCUCGCCAUGAACCCUCCUUCCAUGAUCGCCACAGGCAGCAUGGGAGCUGCUGUGUGCGGCCUCCAGCUGGACCAGGCUGACCAGAGGCUGACCAGAGACAACCUGACCGACCUGCUGGCCAAGAUCACCAACACAGAGGUGGAUUGUUUGAGGGCGUGUCAAGAGCAAAUUGAGCGCGUGCUGGCCGCCAGCCUGCAGCAGGGUCAACAGUCCCGACAGGAGACCAGAGUCAGAGCGGGAAACAAGGCCAGGGAGCAGCAGGACCAGUCCAGCACCCCCACAGACGUACGCGACGUCAACUUAUGAACCGCCAAUCACUCGCUCACCGACUGGCAGAACACCACUCAUGAACUAAUGUAAGAGCGAGAGCGAGAGCGAGAGCGAGCUGCCAGUAUCGCCAUGGAAACACUGCAUGAGUGACAGUGAGACAAUCUCUGAACUCUUUAUUAGAAGUUAAGAAAAUGUCUAGUUUUUCUUCUCCUUUUCGCCCCGUUCAUCCUUUCACCUGUGUUUGUACGGGCCACAUGUAAUCAAACAAGCUAUUGAAAAGAAAAGAAAAAAAAGAAAAACUUGAUAGUGCCUGAGGUUUCCCCCCCACGGACGGGACGCCUAAAUAUAUUUUCUUACUUGAAAAAAAAUAAAUAAAUUACAUAAUUAUAUGAAAUAUACUUAUUUCUUUUGAUACAACCUAGUAAAAAAAAUCAAAUAUGAUAAAUAUUGUAUAUUUAGCAAGCAUUUAGUUAAGUUACUCUUUUAUCAUCUUUAGCAAACAAUUAUCAACUCACAGUUUUAUGGGGGGGUGAUUGAAGUGCUGAGAAAUACCGAAAAUGGCAUUUAAGCAAAGCUGAUUGACAGGUGGAGGAGCGCCGCCACUCGCUCCCUGUCAUACUGCGUGCACCCACCCGUCGUACUGCGUGCACCUGUAGCACUGCUUAUUAUUUAUGCUGGAGUGCUGGCCAGGAGUGGGCUGGGCCUGCUCACACAGGAAGGACGUGAGGCCGACGUGUCGAGCAGAAGCUGAUGUCUGAGACGAGACGAGCUCAGUUCAGGUCUUGAUUUCACUGCCGAAGCCACCACGACGUUAAAGGACCGGGGAAGCGCUGUGUCUGUGUGAGUGUGAGUGUGCGUGUGUGUGUGUGUGUGUGUGUGUGUGUGUGCGUGCGCGUGUUUUUGAAUCGUUCCGACGUUUGCGUCGUUGCUCCGACCGUGUUCAGAAGACGAGCAGUUACAAGUGUUUGCUGGUUCAGGGAGCAGUGGUGAUGAUGAUGAUGAUGAUGAUGAUGAUGUCGUGUUACCAGGAAGGAAAAAAGGGGAAGUUUCUGCAGGUUUGAGAUGAAAUGAAUGGAAAGUUUCUUUGUGAGGAGUUUGUUUGGACGACGUGAGCACGUGGAAAAGUGAAGAGGAGACAAAGAUGAGUAAAUGGUGAUGAAGCGUGAGGACGUUAACUUAAGCUAUGUGAUGGUUCUGAUACUUGAGUGACGCGCAGGAGGAGGAGGAGGAGGAGGAGGAGGAGGAGGAGGAGGAAGAACCCCUGACGCCGUCGGCCGGAUCAGUUUGUUUGCGCCGCAGUUUCUCCUGUUAUGGAUAUUAUUACCAUUUAACUUUACAGAGAGUGGGCGACUUCAUACAAUAUUGAUGCACUUUUAAAAACACACUCCUUCAGAUUGGUAAGGGGAUGGUGGUUGAGGAGAGUUCCGUGGGUUGGUAGGGUCAUUUCUUUUCUUUUUUUUUUGUUUAUUUGAGAUUUUCUUUAAGUUAUUUGAUUUUUUUUCUGGGCUGGAUUCCCAUGGGGUAACGCACGUCGUCUUGAAAGCUAUGCUCGACAGGGGAAUAGACGUAGGAUAAUCAGUUUUAGUUCUAAUAGAGUCGUACCUUAGGAAAGACUUAGAUUUCUCUUCUCUCUCUUUUCUUUGUUUGAAUCAGUGCGUUUAUUUACUUGAAAUUUUGUUCAAACUUAGCCAAAACUUUCCAAUAGUUGUCGAAAUGUUAUAAACACAUUGUGUCACAACUAUUGUUCUUUUUCCAUGUUUCUAGUUAACUGUUCUCUGAACUGAAAUAGUAAAAACUGCCAUUUUGUGACUUCUCUCCAUUUUGGAUAUGGGUUUACGAUGAGUGAACGUAUAUAUAUAUAUAUAUGUAUAUAUGUAUACGUUGUUUCCCCCACAGAUCUCCUAUUUGAGAAGAGUUUUGUCUAAAUUGUUUGUGCAUGUUCUGUUGUGCAAAAGCCAAAUGUGUUUGUUUUUUUCCCCUAAAGAAAAGAAAAGAAAAGAAAAGAUGCUUUAAUACAUUCAGACAAAACGUUCAUGCUUUUAUGUUCUGUGUAUAAUUUGUAAAACAUAAUUCCAAAGUGACAAAACCAGAUUAUAUCCAUGAUUCUCUUGCUGCUAUGGAGCUUUUGUUUUUCUUUUCUAGUCUUACACAAAGAUGCCUUAUUGUGAUUCACUCGUGUGCUGCUAUAUUAUGAUUUUUUUGUAAGUGUCUUCUUUUGCUUUUUCUGUUUGUACAUGUCGUGGAGGGAGGGGCGGGACUGGAAGUACUUGUGUUUGCCGAUCUUAUUUGAUUAGCAUGUUUUCAUUUUUUUUUAUUAUUAUUUGUAUCUUUAUAUUCUAUCAUAUUCUUGCUGCUUCUGUGUAAUGUUUGUGUACCUCAGGUUAAAUUUGGACGGAUAGAGCGAGAUCCCAUCUCAUCAUUACCUCAUCACACUUUGUAUCUCACACACACACACUCUGAAUUUGUUUUGACGGGUUUCACUUUUUGAUUUUUCUGUCUGGAUGAGGGGAAGUGUGAUGCUUCUUCUCUUUAAAUCAAGAGGAUUGUCAAACACCAGGUUCCACUGUACAGUUAAAGUGCCUACACUAUAAAAAUAGGUUAUUUCAUCCAUCUGGUGCUAAACAGCCUAUACUGUAUGUUUUAUAUAUGUAUCAGAAAGACAAAAAAAAGUUCUUUUUUUAAUUUCAUUGGCGUGUUUAGAUCAGUUCAUUGGAAUAAAGUGGAAUAUUGUUUAUUUUUGAGGUACCCGUUUAGUCAAAGGUCAAAGAGAAUGUUUUGUGGUUGUGUUUCCAAACUCUUCAGCCCCCCCGGCCCCCCGCCCCCCCCCCCCCAUUGUCCCCUCAUGC